CAGGACAGGGCAAAUUCGUGCAGAGGCUCAUAGAAAGUACCAUCAGAUAGCCAUCGAACGAAAACUGACCCGCCAACGUCUUCGAUCGCCAUGUCCGAUCCCGUUGUUCCGCGGAUCGUGCUACUUUUCUCCGGCAAACGAAAGUGUGGCAAAGAUUUCCUCACAGAGCGGCUCCUGCAGAGAUUGACCACCGACAAGGCUCAGAUCAUACGAAUCUCGGAACCGAUCAAACGCAGCUGGGCGGAAAAGCUCGGACUGGAUCUGAAAGAACUGCUCGGUGAUGGACCGUACAAGGAACGCUACCGGAAGGAGAUGAUCGAGUGGAGUGAUCAGAAACGAGCGGAAGAUUAUGGGUACUUCUGUCGGCAGGCGUGCCAAGGGCUUACGAAGGAGAUCGGUGUGGUCAGCGACAUCCGACGGAAGACGGAUGUGCGGUUUUUCCGGGAACAGUACGGCGCGAGGGUGAAAACUGUUCGGAUUGUAGCCAGUGAAGGGACUCGAGUGGAACGGGGCUGGACGUUCCAGAAUGGAGUGGACGACGUGCAAUCGGAGUGCGACCUGGACGACGUCACGGAGUGGGAUCUGUUGGUAGAGAACGAUAGUGGAGCGGACGUAGACGACAUUCUGGCGAGGAUUGAAUCGUUGGUGCAGUGAACAUUCUCUUAUGUGUAGGGUAUCGCGCCACUUGGGCGGUGGCUUCUAUAUUCGUCUGUUUUCCACUAUAACUCAGUCAAUUUUGAACCAAUUGACUUUAAAUGUUGUACACGGGUAGAUACUAUACCUACACUCCCGUUCAAAAGUUUGGGGUCACCCCCUCAAAAACAUGUCAUUUUUUUAGGCCCAUAUCUCCGCCAAUUUGCGUCCGAUUUCAUAACCCUAGGUUUCAUUCAAAAGAUAAUAAGUCAAAGAAACUUUGAACAUGAUUUAAAAGAAACUUUUACAAAAAAAUUUGUAUGUAAACUUAACCCAAAGUUGCCAAAUUUUCUAAAAAAUAAAUAUAAAGUUACGGCACUGUCGCUGGAAAUUGGGUCGACCAAAUUUUAAGAAGGGAGCGGUAAUAUCACCCAUUUUCUAUUAGUUUUCAACUGCUUUUUACAGAACUUAGCUAAAAAAUCUAGAAAAAAAGUUAUUAAGUAAAUUAUUCCUUGAUGUCAUCGACCAAAAGUUUGGGGUCACCCCUCAAAAUGGUGCAUCGGCCAAAAGUUUGGGGUCACUAUCGUAAAACAUGGAAAAGUGAUUUGUUGAUAUCUUUGUCAUCUUUCAUUCAAUUUUAAUUCUUCUUGGUUUAUUUGAAACAAAAUGAAUGAUACUUACUGCAUAGACAUUGAACCACACAUAUUUGUUGAAAUUUACAUACUAAAACUUAACGUAAAGUUGCCUCAUUUUUUGAAGCGUGGUAAAAUGUGCUAACUUUACAUAACAUUUGUAUUUACAAAAAUCGUUAAAUACGUUAAGUUGAAGACAUCAAACGUAAAUUUAGUUAAUUAUCUUUGAAAUGAGCCAAAAAUAAUUAAAAUUGAACUAUAGAUGACGAAGAUAUCACCAAAUCACUUUUCCAUGUUUUACGAAAGUGACCCCAAACUUUUGGCCGAUACAUCAUAUUGAGGGGUGACCCCAAACUUUUGGUCGAUGAUAUCAAGGAUUAAUUUACUUAAUAACUUUUUUUCUAGAUUUUUUAGCUAAGUUCUGUAAAAAGCAGUUGAAAGCUAAUAGAAAAUGGGUCAUAUUACCGCUCUCAUCUUAAAAUUUGGUCGACCCAACUUCCAGCGACACUGCCGUAAGUUUAUAUUCAUUUUUAAGAAAAUUUGGCAACUUUGGGUUAAGUUUACAUACAACAUUUUUUGAAAAAGUUUCUUUUAAAUCAUGUUCAAAGUUUCUUUGACUUAUUAUCUUUUGAAUAAAACCUAGGGUUUUGAAAUCGGACGCAAAUUGGCGGAGAUAUGGGCAUAAAAAAAUGACAUGUUUUUGAGGGGGUGACCCCAAACUUUUGAACGGGAGUGUAUCUCACCACAUUUCAAAAGUUGUGUCAAUUGGUUCAAAUUUGACUGAGUUAUAGUGGAAAACAGACGAAUAUAGAAGCCACCGCCCAAGUAGCGUGAUUCCCUAUGUGUCAGGGAAUAAUUCCCUGAUUCUCUGAUUCGGUCAGACUCACCUCAUUACGUGGUUUACAAUCAAGUAUCAAAUUGAUAUUUGCUUGACAUUGUUAUUUGCAACGUUAACAUGUUGCAUUUAGUGAGUGUUCAUUGUAUAGGUACGCAAAAACCAAUCUCACUCUUAUGGAAUUUCGGUGGCGGCUUUCUUAUGACUAUACAUUAGAUUCUAACUAAAAAGGCAGGAAUGUUAGAUUAGAUUAUCUAAAAUGUUUAUUUACGGCAAUGUCAUUAUUCUUAGUUUAUAAAUAAUCGGAGAAAUGAUUGUUGGUUGAUUCUA